UCAUGGGGCCUCCGGUCAAUAGGGGAUCAUGGGGCCCCUGUAUCCUUGCUCAAACUCAAAAAAGCCUAUGAAAAAGGUAGGUACCAGGGGCAUCUCAUGGGGCCCCCUACUGACCCUGGGCCCUCAGGCAGUGCCCGAGUUUCCAAAUGGUCAGUCCGCCCCUGCUGACCAUGGAUGAAAAUGCAUGUAAAACGCAUUAUAUACAUUAAAUUUUAACGCAAUGCAUUAAACAGCACUAUAAGCACGUUAUAAGUUUUCAAAGACUGCAUAUCAUGUAUCACAA